GUACUUCAAAAAGUGGAAAAAAUGAAGAAUGAAGAGGUAAAGCCUUAUGAACCUCCCGCGCCAUUCCCUCAAAGGUUAAUGAAGCCCAUGGAAGACCCGAACUUCAAGAAAUUUGUGAAUAUCUUCAAGCAACUUCAUAUCAAUAUACCGUUGGCGGAGGCACUUGAACAGAUGCCUACAUAUGCUAAAUUUUUAAAGGAGUUGCUGACUAAGAAGCGCAAAUGGGCUGAUCUGGAGAAGGUAACCCUUACUUCUAAAUGUAGUGCCGUGAUUCAGAAUAAAUUACCAGAAAAGAGGGAUGAUCCAGGAAGCUUCACCAUUCCAUGUGUCAUUGGAGGUAGAGAGUUCGAUAAAUCACUUUGUGAUCUUGGAGCAGGAAUUAAUUUGAUGCCAUACUCAGUCUACAAGAAAUUGGGAUUGGGAGAUGUUCUUAAGCCUACUCGGAUCACUCUCCAAUUGGCUUAUCGAUCAGUGAAAAUUCCAAAAGGAGUGGUGGAGAAUGUAUUGGUGAAGGUUGGGAAGUUUAUUCUCCCAACAGAUUUUGUGAUUCUGGAUAUGGAAGAAGAUCGGGGAGUGCCUCUCAUUCUUGGGAGACCUUUGCUAGCAACUGGAGAUGCACUCAUCGAUGUUGGGAGAGGCAAGUUGACAUUCCGAGUAGGUAAGGAGGAGGAAAUUUUUAAUGUCUUUCAAGUUGUUCAUAAUCACGAUGCAUUUGAUGACUUUGAAAGUGGAGCUCGAGAAAGGAAAAAUUCAUUCUCCUGGGAUAGUGGACAACCUGAAGAACUAUCACAUGUCCUAUCUGCUCAGAUUCUGAAAUCAAAGCAAGGACAGAAAUCCUUGCCAGAUCACCUCAAGUAUAGAUAUUUGGGUAAGUAUUUCAAUCUUCAUGUUAUUAUUCCUUCUUCACUGACAUUGAAACAGGAAGAGUACCUGCUUGAGGCGCUGCAGUACCACCUACGCCUCACUAAAGGGUCCAACAUGCAAGCUAAGAAGGUCAUACCCAAUUUUCGCACACCUGGCCCUGCUGAGGUGACUCAUAUGUUGGAUGGAGGUUAUGCAUUCUAUCAUUGCUCGGGAGGGUAUUCUGGAUACCUUUCCAUACCCAUUGGUUGAAAGCUCCAUAAACGUCAGGCUGAGGACGUUAAAUAAGCGCUUCUUGGGAGGCAACCCAAGGUAAGUUUUCUUUUCUUGAUUUUUCUUUUUAGUUGUGUCAAACCCGUGCAUGUUUAGAUUAGGAGUUGAACAUUAGGGACAAUGUUUCAUCCCGAGUGUGGGAUGGUGAGUCUUAGUGUUGUUUGUCCCUGUUGCAUGUGGUAAAAAAAAAAUCUGUCAUUUGGCUAUGCACAGCCAAACUGCAUGCAGUUUGCUUAUGCAAAAAGCAGGCUGCCUGUGCAAAGCUAAUGGCUAAAAAACACCUAAAAAUCAGAAAAAUUAAAAACAAAACCUUGUACUCUUGUGGUAACAUGAUGUAAAUGAGUGUGAUGCGUGUGAAAUGAGUUUGUGCUUGAAUUGAAUCAUCGAAAUCACCCCACUAGUGUUGAAUUGCAAAGUUCUUCACAAUGAGCUUAAAUAUUUUGACUGACUUGAUAUGCUUUGAAUGAGAAAACUCUUUUAGCGACAUUCUCUUUUGUGAGGAUAGUGUAAUGAUUUUUGGUGAAAUAGUUAGGUGGAGAACAUUGACCAUUCUAUAUGUUCGGAUACCGUGCUUACUUGCAUCAGUUGUGAGCUUUUGAUUUUGCAACGAUUCUCUCUGUUUUGAUUGUUUUAUGAUGGGGUGAACUGUAUCUUCAUAAAAGAAAACACUACCUGACAAGUAAAAUAUAAGAAAGUUGCCAUAACAAUUAAGUGUGGGUAAAAAUGCCAAAAUCGUGUGAGGCAAUCACUCAUUGCACAUGGGGAUUAGGAAAGAUUCAAUUGAGAAUCGGUUCGCGACCGUACGAUGUUGCUUAUCAAGUACGAUCCCCAGUUGAGUGAACUGCCAUUUGAGGAUGCAAUGACCCUCCACACGGACCGAGGAAAAGGAGUUGAAAGAAGCCCUUAUGCGAGUGCUAAGAAGCAUAAAUUGCUCUUGCUCGUUCACCGAUAGUAAGAAACAAAUCCCACUUGUACUAAAUACGACCUCUCGGCAAGCAAAAGCAGAAAGAGAGAAAGCCUCUCCUUGUCAUAAAAGGUAGUGAUGUGCUUAAAGUUAAAAUCAUGUUUGCGAAAGGCUUCCCCCAUUAGUUUUUUAGACUCAUGCUUAAUUAAUUGCUUAUGAUUGGUGUGAGUAAGCCAGACUGUCCUCACGAGAUAUGUACCUCACUGAUGUGGUUAGAUUCUCCUAAUAAUUGUUGCACCAUAAGUUGUUAACCACCCACUACCGACGAUCGAAAUUGAGUGUUGCUAUUUGAGUUUUUGGAUGGAUUUGAGUCAGUCAAUGGUUAAGGGUUGCAAAGACCUUGAGUGUGGGGUGAAAGAUAUGAUCAUUAAAGCACAACUCGUCCUUUAAGAAAGAAAUUACUGAUUACAACAAGAGUACAAGGAUAAAUUUUUUGUGUUAUCGUUGUGUUUUGUGUGUCGUGGGUCUUGUGUUUUGAGAAAGGUUGUGUCUCCCUGGUCUGUGUUGUGUUUCCUCCAAUUAUCGUUCUCUUGUGUGAGUCGUUGCUUAGGGACAAGCAAGUAUUGAGCGUGGGGUUGUGAUAAUUGUCGAAAAUAUAUUGAUUUUGCGUGC